GAGCAGGCCCGAGAAGGCAGGACUUCCUGGUGUGGGGGUUGUCAACAGCCCAGAAAGAGAGAGCCCGAGACCCAGACUGAGACGGAGCGGAGCGGAGCUGAGGAGCCGAGAGAUACAUCCAGUGGGGCCACGUGGGAGGAGCCUUGAGAGAGAGCGAGCCACUCAAGGGACUGGAGUCAGCGGGGGGCUGAGCCGCCCCCUCCCACAGCAACAGAGAAGACCCGUGGAGUGUUAACGGAGGCUGCGCCUGGGCUCCACCGUGGAAGCGCUGGUUUCUUCUCGUCUCAACUGCAAACUUUCCACCGAGAUGCCUCGCAGAGUGAGAUGCGGACGCCAGAGAACACUGGGCAGCCCUUGACUGCUGCCUGCCGUGGCCUGCGCUAGGCCGCCUUAGGAUUAAAAAAAAAAAAAAAAAAAAAGGCAUCUUUAGUCCCCAGGUCCUCUCUCCAGCUCAGCUCGGUGGCCGAGGCCCGAGAGUUUGCAAGCUCAGCUCUGGGGUUUCAGCAGCGACAGCAGCAGGAAAAACCUGCCUCUGCUCCCCCCCCCCCCCCUCCUGCCACCUCCCCUCUCCAGUCACUAACCAGGCACCCCCAAGUUCCCACAAGGCCCUCCUGCCAUGACGGACCCAGACGUCCCCAGGGGCCCUGAUGUCCCUGCCAUGUGGCCCCCUUGUUCCAGAGGUGCCUGAGCCCCUCUUCAGGAGCCCAGCCCCUCCCCCACCCCAGCCCAGUCCGGAGCCCUAGGGACCAUGAGUGGUGGUAAGAAGAAAAGUAGUUUUCAGAUCACCAGCGUCACCACGGACUAUGAGGGCCCAGGAAGCCCAGGGGCUUCGGACCCCCCUGCCCCUCCGGCUCCCGCUGGGCCCCCGCCCCGCCUCCCCAACGGGGAACCCAACCCUGAUCCAGGGGGCAGGGGCACCCCCCGGAAUGGCUCUCCGCCACCUGGAGCCCCUGCCUCCCGUUUCCGGGUGGUGAAGCUGCCCCAAGGUUUAGGAGAGCCUUAUCGACGAGGUCGGUGGACGUGUGUGGAUGUUUACGAGAGAGACCUGGAGCCCCCGAGCUUCGGUCGGCUUCUGGAGGGAAUUCGAGGGGCCUCAGGAGGCACCGGAGGCAGAUCAUUGGAUUCUAGGUUGGAGCUGGCUAGCUUGGGCAUAAGCACCCCUAUCCCUCAGCCAGGCCUGUCUCAGGGCCCCACCUCUUGGCUCCGCCCGCCCCCUACUUCUCCUGGACCACAGGCUCGAUCCUUCACAGGGGGGCUGGGCCAGCUGGCAGGACCUGGCAAGGCUAAGGUGGAGACGCCCCCGCUGUCAGCCUCUCCACCCCAGCAGCGCCCCCCAGGGCCUGGGACUGGAGAUAGUGCUCAAACCCUGCCCUCCCUGAGGGUAGAAGUGGAGUCUGGGGGUUUAGCAGCCGGAACCCCUCCUCUGUCACGGAGAAGAGAUGGAGCAGUUCGGCUGAGGAUGGAGUUAGUUGCUCCAGAGGAGACAGGGAAGGUACCUCCCAUCGACUCUCGCCCCAACUCCCCAGCCCUCUACUUCGAUGCCAGCCUGGUUCACAAGUCUCCAGACCCAUUCGGAGCUGCAGCAGCCCAGAGCCUCAGCCUGGCUCGGUCCAUGUUGGCCAUCAGCGGUCACCUGGACAGUGAUGACGACAGUGGUUCCGGAAGCCUGGUUGGCAUUGACAACAAGAUUGAACAAGCCAUGGACUUGGUGAAGUCCCACCUCAUGUUUGCCGUGCGAGAGGAGGUGGAGGUGCUGAAGGAGCAGAUCCGGGACCUGGCAGAGCGGAAUGCUGCACUGGAGCAGGAAAAUGGAUUGCUGCGUGCCCUGGCCAGCCCGGAGCAGCUGGCCCAGCUGCCAUCCUCGGGGCUCCCAAGGCUCGGGCCCUCUGCACCCAAUGGGCCUUCCAUCUGAGCCUUCUUUCCCUCACAAUGUGCCUUUGGGGGCUGCCACUGGCCGCCGGGCCUUGUGCCAGCAGCCUGCCCCCUCUUCCUAUGUAGCUUUAAUGCCCACGCCCGACCCCAAUGCCCAGGGAUGGGAGUUGAGGCUAAAUAUUGGCCUGUCCCUUCCCACCUGGUCUCCCCAGAAGCCUCAGGCCUUGCCGGAAGAGAAAGAACCCAGGAGGGGAUGUUUAUCUGAAGCCCCUCAUCCAUGAAAGAACCCAGCCCCACCUCCUUCCCUGGGAAUCAGUGUUCUGGGGAGCCCCUCAGCAGCAGAUGGCUCAGAAAGAUUUGGAGGUUCCCUGGCAGGCCCCCUCACCAUCCCACCUUGUUCUCUUCAAGUGCCCCCUCUCCUCUGCCCAGGGAGGGGGUAUGGACAGUAUCUUCAACUUCUUGGAUUCAGGUUGUUAUUAAAAUAAUAAUUAUAAUUAAAAAAAAAUCUGAAGAAACUUGAAUAUGGA